AUGACGGAGACUCCCACCUUCCUCACCCUGCGGGACACGGGGCUCCCCAGCACAGCCCCCCGCCGGCCCCCCCUGCGCCCCACGGCCUUCUCAGGGUGCCUGAACUGCAGCCGUGUCGGGGAGCUGACGGCCCGGCUCGCCACCCUCGAGGCGCAGGUGGCCCGGCUGGCAGUGGCAGAGCCCCCCACCCCCGCAGAGCCCAAGGGUGGCCCCCCGGGCCGGGGGCAGCUCUGGGGGUCCCCGGCGGCCCGCGGGAGCCCCGGCGAUGACGGGAGACCCGGCCCCAGGGGACCCCCCGGCCCCAAGGGCGACGCGGGAGGACGGGGCCCGUCGGGAAUUCCGGGAGUGAAGGGGCCGACGGGGCCGCCAGGUCCCCCCGGCCCGCCGGGACCCCCCGGCCGGGACGGGGCCAGGGGACUCCCCGGAGAGAAGGGAC